GAUGCACACAGUUAGUUCUCUGAUUCCCAUUUACGUGGGGUUUCUUGUUUGGGCUACCUCCACCACCCUUAUUGCCUCUCAGACCAUUGUCAAAUCUUUACCAGGCUAUCCUGGUCCCCUUCCUUUCAAACUAGAAACUGGGUACAUCGGAGUAGGAGAAGAUGAAGCUGUACAACUGUUUUACUAUUUUGUGGAAUCAGAAGGGAACCCAGAUGAAGAUCCACUCAUUAUUUGGCUUGCCGGAGGACCUGGUUGUGGCACUCUUCGUGCCUUCUUUUAUGAAAUCGGUCCGAUGCAGAUUCGGUAUGGGAAUUAUAUGGAUAACGUCCCAGCUUUACAAUUGGACCCUAAUUCUUGGACGAAGGUGGCAAAUGUGAUAUAUUUGGAUGCACCUACGUUAACCGGAUAUUCAUACACAAAAAAUUCCGAAGCCAUUGUUUCUAGCGAUACAUCAUCAGCAGCACAAACCGCAGAAUUUCUAAGAAAGUUUGUUAAAAACCAUCCAAGGUUUUUAAAGAAUCCUAUGUAUGUUACUGGAAUUUCAUAUUCGGGGAUUAUCAUUCCGAUCAUUACCGAGGAAUUGUAUAAAGGUAAUGAAGAAGGACUAGAGCCAAUUGUAAAUAUCCAAGGAUACAUGGGGGGAAAUCCACUGACGGAUAAAACUGGUGAUAUAAACUCUAGGCUUGAAUAUGCUUAUCGUGUGGCACUCAUAUCUCAAGAAUUGUAUGAGGCAACACAAAACGAUUGUCAAGGAGAUUAUGCUGAAGCCAAUUCAAACGAAUUGCAAUGCAUGUCACGUAUUGAUGAAGUUAACAAACGUGUUGGAGACAUCAACAUUCAACAAAUUCUGGAUCCAGAUUGCGAUCCAGCGACCAAUUUGGUUAGAAGUGGUAAUCCGAUUAUAAGCGGAAAUCGAAAAUCUCUACGGGCAGCCAAUCCAAUUAAAAUGCUUCCUGCACUAUCUUUGCACAAGGAUACUUUUUGUCGAGGUGACUAUUAUAACUAUGCAACACUCUGGGCCAACGAUGAAAACGUUAUGGAAGCACUUAACGUACGCAAGGGAACAGUGAAGGAAUGGUUGCUAUGUAAUUUGGACAUGAAAUACAAUUAUGGUGAACCUUCAAUGCCAUUGUAUGAGUUCAAUGUCAAAAGCAGUGUUGUCUACCACGAAAAGCUAAGUAAGAGAAAUUGUCGAGCUUUGAUUUUCAGUGGAGAUCAUGACAUGAUGGUGCCACAUGUGGGCACACGUAAUUGGAUAAAUUCUCUUAAUUUGACGAUCACAGAGAGUAAUUGGGAWGCAUGGUAUAGUAAUGGUCAAACCGCAGGAUACAAAACCACAUACGCUCGUGAUAAUUAUUCUUUAGUAUUUGCUACUGUAAAGGGAGCGGGUCAUACAGCUCCGGAGUUCAAACCAGAAGAAUGUUUUCAGAUGGUUAAGAGGUGGUUUGCUAAUAAACCUAUCUAAACCAACAAUUUAGUGUUCUCUAAAUGAGAUAUUCAAGAUUCAUUCUAGGGUUUGUUUGGGCUUUAGAUUAGCUUAUUUUAUUGCACGAUUCAUUGG